GACGCACGCGGGCUGCUCAUUCAAAACACACGAUUUACAGUUUCGAAUCCGGAUGCUGCAGAAAAACAGGAUUAAAAACACGCAUAUCCGAGGUUUUGCGUGUUAUUUCAGACCGCAGUACGUGAAUGGACGCAGUGAAGUAACCCGUGUUUUCAAAACUGAUGGCCGAGUAUGGAAUCAGAACUGUUGAUUGGAUGGCAGCAAGAGAGGGCGGAGCUGAGGGCGGAAUUAUCGCAUCUGCAGGAUGAGUUGGCAGAGAGCAGAGCGGAAAGGGAGGAGCUUCAGUCUCGAGCUCAAGCUUUGACCGACAGGCUGUCUCAGACACUGGACCCUUCUCUGUCAUUAUCAGUGCGUCUGGACGAUGAGCAGAGAGAAUGGCGGAGAAAGCUCAGAGAGGGCAGAGAGAGAGAAGCCAGACAGGCUCUGCUCAUCCAUAAACUUCAGAACAAGGUGUUGGAGUACAGGGCUCGCUGUCAGGCUCUGGAGCAGCAGUCGAUCAGCGAGGAGCGAGAACUGAGGAUCAGAGAGAGGAUGCUGCGGGAUGAACGCAGUGACACGCUGGAGAGCACCCUCAUCAGGCUGGAGGAGGAACAGCAGAGAAGUUUGGGGCUCUCGGAGGUCAGUGCUCUUCUGCGGAGUCAGCUCAGCCAAUCAACAGAGGCUAAUGAAGCCCUAAGAGAUGACCUGCGAAAGCUAACAGCCGAUUGGUCUAAAGCGGUGGAGGAGGUUGUGCAGAAAGAAAUCGAUUGGCAAAAAGAGAAAGAGGUUUUGACAGGCCACAUAGGGAAGGAGCAGACCAGGCUGAUGAGUCUGUGGGGACGUGUGGUUACGCUCAGACGCCAGUGUCACUCUCUGAAGACUGCUACUGACAAAGACCUGUGGGAGCUGAGAGCGGAGUUCUCUCGUCUCUCCUCAUCUCUCCUCUCUGUAUGGGGUUCUCCGCGAUCGGCUCCCAUUCUGCCCCAUGACUCCCAUAUAGCUCACUCCACUACAGCGCAACCCCUCUCCUCCACCCAGGGGCCGCUGUCUCUUGAUGAUCUGAAUCAUGAAGAGAGGAAGUCGACUGAAUUAAAAGCCGACCUUGAGUCAGAGACACUGGAGCUCAGGAACAGGAUAACAGAGCUGAAUAUGACAAUAAAAACUCUUGAAUCUGAAAGGGAGAAGCAGGAGGCAGAGAUGGAGAAGAGACACAGGCAGGAGAUGGAGAGAGAACAAGAGCAAGAGAGGAAGUGGCAGAGGCAGAUAGAAAUGGAAAGAAACUUUGAGUCUGUCAGACAUGCUGUCAGGACACUGUCAAGGGUUCUCAGCUCUCAGCAGAUGAGUGAGCAAUCAGGCUCUCUGUCUGCAGAUGAUGUGUCCAGUGAAGGACUGUCUUCUGUCCUCUCUGUCAUCGCUCAAGCUGAGACUGCCCUGCAAUGGAGACAACAGGAAGUACAGGAUGCUCAGAUUAGCUUGCGUAGACUUGGGACAGAGAAAGACUCACUAGAGCAGCGAAUCACGCAGUUGGAGAGUGAGAUGGUGGAGCUUCAGGAACAGACCAAUCAGGGAGCACUGCAGAUGAAACACACACAGGAAUUACUGAACAGUGAGAAGGAGAUGGUAACUAGUUUGCGCAGUCAGAUGGAGGAGGCCGAGAGACUCACAGAGGAACUGAGACAGGAGAAUGAACAUAUGAGACGACAGAGAGAGAAGGAGGAGGAGGAGAAAAUCCAGCUGGAGAGAGAGAGACAAAAACGCAUGGAGGCAGAAAUACUAGAGGCCGCUCAGCUGUGUGAGAGAGAGACUCGCACCCGUCUGGAGCUGCACAGCCUACAGGGGGCACUAGAGAGAGAGAAGCUGGACAGAGCACGAGCUGAGCAAGAGACAGCCGACACUAAAGAUGCUUUACUGAAGGCACGGGAGUCAUUACUGGCCCUGUCCUCCAGUCAAACCCAGCUCAAGAGAGAGCUGGCAGAAGGCCGAGAUGCCCUGGAGAAAAUGGCUACAUUAAAUGAAGCUCUGGCCAAGGACAAGAGAGAACUCAGUGUUCGUGCUCUGCAGCUGGAGACGGAGGUGGCAGAAGCCCAGGCCCAGAUCCAGGCAUUUGGCACAGAGAUGGCGGGUCUGUGCAGGGAAGUGAAGACCGCGUCUCUAGAGGCCAAUGAAUUAAGGGAACGGAGAGAGACGGAUCUGAAUACUCUGCAGCAGCUCAGAAACCGAGAGAGAGAGCUGGAGAAUGAGCUGGAGACCGAGAGGGAGGACAGGGAUAGGGAAGUGACUGCUUUCACAGAAGAGAAGAGGAAAGAUGAACAAAGGAUUGCAGAGUUAACUGAACAGUGCAGUACAAUGAUGAAGGAGCUGCAGAGUGUCCAGGCAGAACUACUCAAAGCAGCAGAGCAGCAGAGAAGAGCUGAACGAGAGAGAGACGACCUAAUGAGAGAGAGCCAGAGACUAGAGGACACAGUAUGCACACUGGAGAGAGAAAAGGAGGAACUCACACAAGUCAAAGAGGAACUCAGAGGUGUGGUGGUAUGUCUUCAGAAGCAGAUUGCUCAAGUUCAGGAACAGGCCUCAGGUCUGGAGGUGCAAUGCAGUCAGCUACAAACACAGGUGGACACGCUCACACAGACCAAAGAUGUCUUGCAAGGAGAGAUUCAGUGUCUACAGACAGACCUGGAGAGAGAGACAGCACAGAGAGAAAAGGAAAACCAAGAAGCAAUGGAGGAAAGAAGCAAGAGUGAAAGAGAGAUAGAAAACUGGCAGUUGGAAUGCAAGAGGAUUCAGUGGGACAUUGAACAAGAAACAGAGAAAAACAAAGUACAAGUGGAAGAGAGCAAAACCGAGAGAGAAAGAUGGCAAAAAGAGAGAGAAGCUUUGAAUGCAGAACUUGGCCAGAAAGAUGGAGAAGUGGAGAUACUGAGGAACAAGAUUGAUGGUUUGUUAAAAGAAAAAGAAGAGCUUUUAGACCACUUAAAUAAAAGAAACACAGAACUUGAGAAGCUACAAAUGAAAUCGGCAGCAGAGCAGAAAACAGUUGAACAAAGUCUGAGAGAAGCGUGUGAUGAGAUUGAGAGAUGGAAGGAGAGGGAAAACAAGGUUCAGAGAGAGAAAGAAGAGUUAAAUCAGAAGUAUAUAGAAAGAGUGGAAAAAGAAAGUCAGAAUCUCAAGGUCACAGAGAGAGAAAAGGCUAAGAUGUCUGAUCUAAUGAAAAAGAAGGAGGAUGAAAUACGAAAGAGAGGAGAGGAUAUCGAAGAGUUAAAAUCAAAAGUCCAAUCACAUGAGAGAACAAUUGAGAGCCUGGAAAUAGAGUUGCAAGAGAAAGAGACUUUGGAGAGUAGAGUAGAAACCCUGGAGAAACACAACACUCAUCUGAAAGAGAGAGAAAUUGAGAAAACAAGAGAAAAUGAAAACAGACAAAAGAAAAGAGAUGAGCAAGAGAAAGAGAAAGACAUGAGGUGGAGAAGACAGUUGGAACAGAAAGAUGAAGACUUGAUAGAGCUCAAAAGCAGAGUUGAAGAACUAAUAAGAGAGAAAGAACAUAUCUCGUUACUCGUGGAAGAAAGAGAUAAAGAUGUUGAACAAUUGCAAACUGCAUUGUCGACAGAAAAGAAAACUCUUGAACUGAGACUGAAAGAGGCGAAAGACAAUGUAGAGUGGUGGAAGAGACGAGCUGGCAACAUGGAAAAAGUAAAGGAGAGCAUAAACUGGGUUGCUGAAAGGGAGAAAACAGAACUGACAGAGCUUCUUAGACAACGAAAGGAAGAGGUACAAAAGAGAGAAGAGGACAUUGGUGAUCUCAAAGGUAGAAUUCAGUCAUUAGACGUAAUCAUAGAGAAACUAGAGACUGAUGUUCAGCAGAAAGAUGCGCAACUUGAACUUCAAAAGGAGCAAAUCUCACAGAUGAAAGAGAGGGAGAUGGAGAAACAAAAAGAGGUGGACAGGAAGCAAGUAGAGGUAAAGGAACAGGAGAAACGACUGAAAAGUGAAUUAGAAGAUCUCAAUAACAAAAUAGAGGGAGUCAUUCAAGAAAAAGAGGCAAUACUAGAAAGGUUGGAAGAGAGAGAUGGUGAACUAAAAGCAUUACAAGCACAACUUGCACAAGAACAGAAGACGUUUGAACAGAAGCUCAAAGCAGAGCACGAAGAGGUGAACAGGUGCAAAGCCAAGUUAGCCGAGGUGGAACGAGAUCGGAUAAGCUUGGAGGAAAGGGAGAAGGAGAAAAAGAAAAGACAGGAGAUGGAGGAAAGAGAUAGGGAGCAGAUACUGAGAGAAGAGCUCCGUCAGAAGGAGAUGGAGCUGAAGCAGUUGAGACUUAAGAUUGAUGAACUGAACCAUGAGAAAGAGGAAGACCGGAGGAUAAGAAUGGAGCAACAAGAAGACCUUGAACGACAAACUACCCUCCUACAAGACACUGAGGAGGAGGCUCGUGCAUUGAAGAAGAGUUUACAGCAAAAAGAAAAAGAGGAAAGUGAGAUAGUCCAUCGUGAGGAAGAAGCAAUGAGAAGGCUGAGAGAAAAGCUGCAUGAAGUCGAUAAGAGGAACCUGGAAGUCUCAAGCUGUCUACAAGAGACCAAAACGAUACUGGAGAAGGAAAAAUGUCAGCACAGAGAGAAAGAGGAGAGACUUAUGGACUGUAACCAAGAGCUACUAUUGGUCAAACAAGAGCUACAUCAUGAGAGGGAGACUGUUGAAGAACUGAAGAAACUUAUAGGCAAACAAGGCGAAGAGGUGAAGACACUGAAGGGAAAACUGGAUGAACGGUUGAAAGAGGUGGGAAGGUUGUCACAACUGCUGCAAAACAGCCAAGGGGAAGCACAGGUGCUUGAAUCCAGGGCAGAAAACAGUGAAGAGGAGAAACAAAGAUUGAAGAGGUCUUUAAGUCAGAUUGAAGAUGAGAAGAGGCAUCUGGAGACCCAACUGAGAGAUGAAAAAACAGAAGGAGAAAGAUUGAGAGCCAGGCUUGAGGAUCUUCAGAAAGGUCAACAUAUCCUGAUGGAGGAAAAGGCGGGACGUGUGGAGAAGCUUGGGGCUCGCAUUAGAGAGCUGGAGGAGGAGAGAGACCAUCUCUCAGCAGAGCUUCGAAGGAAAGAGAGAGAGAUUGAGGCUCUUAGAGAUGAAACGUUUCGGGAGAGGCGAGAGAAGGACAGAAUUAGCUCUUUGCUGAAUGAUGCAAAUGAAAGGAAAGAAGCCUUGGUUGCCCAGAUGGAUGCUUUACAAGAACAGGUGGUUAAUCUGUCUAGAACCAAAGAACAAACAAGGUCAAAGAUCCAGGAACGAGACGAACAGAACCAGAAAAUGCGAGAGGGGCUGAUUGCAGGGCUUCAGGAGAUGGCUACUCUGAAAGAACUGCUGGAAGAGAGUCAUCGUGAGGGAGAGAGACUCAGGUCCAUGAUGCAGGAAAGGAAGGAUGAGUUGGUCCGGAGCAGAGAGGAAGGAGUUAGGGCAGCACAAAUUGAAGCCAAAGAUCUUUUACUCAAAGUACAGAUGUUAGAGAAGCAAAAACAGGAACUUAAGUCUGCCUUGCAUCUCCAAGAGGAACAACUUAAGAAGAAAAAUGAUGAAGGGUUGCGAGAGACAGAGCAAAUGCUGCAAAGACAGGAGAAGUUAGAAGAAGAAUUGACAACCAUGAAGAGCAUAGCAGAGCAGAGAGAGGCUGAGCUGACAAGAGCGAGGGCUAGAAUCGACAUCCUGGAAGAUCAGAGGACUGAACUCAGCUCUUUGGCGGCAGAGAGGACCAGAGACGCAGAAGAACUGAGCGACAGAUUCAGAGAGCUGAGACAGGAAGUGGACAGACUGAGAGAGGACAGAAUAAGAGAGAGUAAAGAUUGGGAGGAACUCCAAAAUGAAAAUAAAGAGAAACAAAAUGUGUUAGAGGAAUUGGAGUUCCUCAAAAAAACAUUGAGGGAAAAGGAAAAGGAGAUAGAAUUGAUGAAAGAGAGAUAUGAAAAUGAGAAAAGAAAAAGCGAGAGAUUCCAGCAAGCGGAGGAGCAGAAAGUUAGACAACUAGAAUUAUUCUCAGAGCGGCUUAAGGAUAAAGAAACUGAGUUGGAGAGUAUUCGAGAAAUGGUGUAUAAAGAACAAUCAGCAAGACUUAGAUUGCAGGAUCAAUUUGAAGAUGAGAAAAGAGAUACUAAGAUAUUGAGGGAAAAAAUGGAAACCUUAGAGAAAGAGAAACAAGAGAUGGAGACCAAAAUAGAAGAGGAUACACGUAAUCUUAGAGAAUCUGAAAAGAAAAACAAAGGACUAAAGAUGGAUAGUGGCCAUGGCACUCUAUCAGACUUCCUAGAGAUAAAUGCUGAAUAUCAGCCUCGUGACAAGUUGUUAGAGACAGAGACACUUAGAAGGGACCUUAAAAGAAAGGAACAGGAAAUGGAGAGGUUGAGGACCAAGGCUCAGACCCUGCAGACUGAGCUAGACAGACUACACUCCACAAUAAAAAAUGAGAACAUAAAAACCGGACCAACAGAUAAUAAUGAAUGGGAAAGACUAAAGGAACAAGUGUCCGUUGUCCUUUUAGAAAAAGAGGAGAAGGACAGACUCCUUAGAGAGAAGGAUGUUGAAGUAUAUGCUCUGAAGGAGCGAACCAAAGAGCUGACUAAAGACAGGGAUCGGGUUAGGACGGCUCUGGAGAAGACUGAAGCCAUGCUGAUUUACUAUAAAGAGAGGCUGGGACAGCAGGAACAUAAGAGAACCCGAGCAGAAGCUGAUAUGUCACAGGAGAAAGAGCUUGAACAGAAGGCCCAGUCCACAGAUGAGGUGGAUACAGACUCUGCUGUACAGGAGCGUCUGUCGGCCAUGCAACGGGCCGUGGCACAACUAGAGGUGGAUCAGAACCUUCUGCAGAAGAAAAACAAUCAUCUGGAGAAGAAAAUUGAGAGACUACGAACUGAGCGACAGCACCUGAGAGAGACGCUGACACAGGUUGAGCUGGAGAGGGGGAAACUGAGGCAUCAGCUGUCACGGUCAGAAGCUGGAGUUCUGGACCUGUCCGAUGGUGCGGACAACGAAGAACUAAAGCGUCUCAGAGUCCGAGCCAGUGAGCUAGAAGAACAGGUUCACCAUCUUCGUCUCAUGUUGGCUGUGGACCAUCAGCAGAGGGCAGAGUUCAUAGAGCGCUCUCUGAGGAACAGCCAGAGUCUGAUGUCCCUGAGACAGGAUCUGAACGAGUCUCUAGCUGCGGUCUCUCAGCGGCCCGUCCCCUCAGUGCUGGAGUCAGAGACACAGAGGCUGGACAGGAGCUUCAGAGAGGAAGAGCUCAGAUUAUCUCUCAGCCAAAGCUAAAGAAAUAAAACACUCCUUUAUAUGUAAUGACUAUUAUAUAGUUCAGUUAACGUCAUAUUUUUGCACUUAACAUUCAGUAAUUCUGACCGUGAACAUAAGAUAUAUUUUACACUCAGGGUUUUACUAUUACUUUACAUAUAUAUAUUUAUGCAUUUUGUAUAUCUUUUUGUUUUAAACCAUUGUAAAAAUUCUAAUUAGCUACAAAAUAUAAGCUUAAAAGAGGCAACUAUUUUCAGAUUUACAUGUCUCUUCUUGACAGGCAGAUAAUUUAAUAGCUAAAAGCUUUGCCAUUGUGUUUACAAUACUUAUCAAAGCUAUUCUGUCAGUGUUAUUGUUUGUGCAAUAUAAGCAAUCAGUUUAAUUAAAUGUAAUACUAUUUUUUUUAAUUUUUAAUUUUUAUUGUUCAUUUAUUUUCAAAUAAACUUCAGAAUGAU